CCGUACAGUCCAAAACUGAAAACACUGAGGGAAACCCUAACGGUGAAAGCGAUCAUGGUUCGAAAGUUCGAAUUCCACCCGCGCUACAAGGUUGAAGUGAGCAUGUACGGUUCAUGGUUCCCUGCCACCAUCAUCAGACGUGUCUCCUCCAACAAAUUCUUUGUCAAGUACGAUCACUUAAACGUGAGACCAGCGGUUGUCGGAGUUCACCAGCUCCGACCAGUGCCCCGGACGGUGAGGGAUUGGGAAGUAAAGAUUGGCGACAAGGUGGAGGCAUUUGGGAAACAACGGUGGCGGGAGGGCCACGUAAGUGAAGUUAUUGGGAGUACUGGAAAGUUGUUUAGCGUGCGUUUUAAUGACUGGAAGGAGAUGAUCGUUUCAAAGGAGAAGCUUAGGGUUCAUCGUAAAUGGAUUAAUCACAAUUGGGUUCCCCGAAUCACAAACCAACAACUCAAAAACAACAGUAAGGAAUUUUGUAAGGAAUUGAAGAGAGCGAGGCGAGCAAAUAAAAGAAAUAUGAUCAGUAAGUUACCUGACUGCAUACUGCUCCACAUAAUGAGUUUUUUGAAAGCUCGAGACGCUGUUCGAACUUGCAUCUUGUCUAAACGAUGGAAGGAUCUUUGCAAACGUCUCCCUACUCUCACAUAUAUUCCAUCUUCUGCCCAAAGUUUUAAGAACUUUAGCUCUUGGGUUCGGUCUAGUAGAGAUCACUCAUGUUCCCUACUUAAUCUUACUAUUGAAAAUUAUUAUAUAAAUGGAAGUGAAUCAGACCUAUAUACCCUCCUACAAUAUGUUCUUUCUCACAAUCUUCAGCACUUGAAUAUUAUGAUAAAUCCAAGCAUUACUCCCAAAUAUGAGUUCCUCCCUUUAAUCUUUGGCUCUCACUCUUUGACAUUUCUUGAGCUUUCUUUAGUUAACGGGUAUGCGAAGUGUCCAAAAUCUCUUCACCUGCCUGCAUUAAGAACCUUGCAUCUUAAAUGCUUCAACUUUGUUACAACUCACUAUCACUGUGCUGACCCCUUUUCAAACUGUCAUGUGUUGAACACUUUGCAGCUCAAGUAUUGUUCUUUGAUUGAUGAUGCACAAAUCCUCUGCAUAUCUAAUCAGACAUUAUCCAAUUUGACUAUAUCCUACGUAUUAGCUGACCAAUUUUCGCUUUCUACUCCAAAUCUUAGUUUUUUUACUAUCUCGGAGUGUGCUAUUUUUCGGCAACUCUUAUCCUCCACAUGUAAUCUUUCUUUUCUUCAACAAGUAAAUAUUGAUUACUUCUCCGGUGGUGACGGGAAAGCUUCAAUCUUCUUAAAAUGGCUGCAAGUGCUUGCCAAUGUCGAGAUUUUGAAAGUUGAUAAUGGUGUCAUUCAAGAAAUACUACGUGAGUGGCGUUCUAAUCCCAUUUCAAAGAAAGCUCAACCUCCAUGCUUUUCUAGACUGAAGUCGUUCAUAGUGCACAGGUCUUUAAAUGCCAGUGUUCCAGUACGUCAGGUGGAUAUAUUCGAAGUAGCGGAUUACUUGCUUCAAAACACUACUCCAAUGCCAAGCGUUGAAAUCAUAAGAGGAAAUCUUUACAUCCUUAGACCUGGUCGUUUUCCCUGCAGAUUACCAAUGAUGAAAUUAGUGCAGUGUUCUUAUGGUACAAAUACAACAAUAACUGGUUUUCUUUAA